AUGGCUACCCAGCAGAACACCGGCAGUGGACAGUCCACGCUGGCCGUCUCGCCGUCUCUCAUCGUCGGCAUCGUCAUUCUCGCCGCGUUCGCAUGCAUCAUCAUUUUCGCGAGCAUCUUUCGUUACUGCCGCCGGGGCCAGUCCUCCCUCAGCGACCCUGACGCCUUGGAUGACAUGGGUGGGACUGAAUUCUACAACCCCAACAAACAACGCUCGGCGUCGCAGGUCGCGAGGUUGAGGGAGGUCAGAUGGAUCAACAACAUGUAUGCGUGGGAGAGGGGACGACAGGCGCGCAUGGAGGUCGGAGAGCUGAGACCCACCACGAUGCUCGUGGGAAAAAAGGGGGAGAGUAGGAGCUGGGAUGAGUAUUCCGUCACAGGAGACAAUCCGUGGCAGAACAUCAUGGGCAACGGCACCGCGGGGAGCGAAGUUUCACCUGCGUCGUAUUUCUACAACCUCGACAAUCCUUACCCUCGAUCCUCUUCGCAGCAGAGACUGAGCCACCUCGCGCCUCCCAGUGAACAAUACCGCAACUCUUACCACUCCACUGCCAGCGGCAACGGAUAUCUCCCUCGGCACCCUUCCACACUACUUCCACCACCUAUUGGCCAUACCCGACGGGACUCGCCGGGAAUUACUGGCCCAAGAAGCCCCUUGAGGAACGAAUAUCAAUACGACGGUCAUGAGCCAGAUCCAAGUGCCGUGUUUGACGCUGGACCACAAGACAUGUUCCAUAGGCCAAGAGCCGACUCAAUGCACCACGUCGAGAGCCACAGUCCUUUCGUCAAUCCCAGAAUCACUGUCAGCGACGAGAGUCAGGCCGCAGCUUAUGUGCACUCCCCAACUGCAAUGGCAGAUGAUGACAAUUUCGAAACCGUCACGCUCGAUGGUAAUGACUCCCCAGAAGAUCACGGCGUAGACAAGAGCCCACACAAUCCUAAAAGCCCGAGCCCGAGCCCGAGCCCCGAGCUCAGAGACCACCGACCUUCAGUGAUUGUCCUGAACGAUGAGCCAUAUCCCCCAUUCCAACUUCAAUUUUUGACACAAUCGCUGUCCCAGAACUCUGUCAGUGUGUAUGGCGAUGAUGAAGACGAAGCUGGCAAAUACCACGGCGUAAAUGAGCAAUCCUCUUGGCACGCAGCUGAUGGAGAAAGCGAGGGAUAUAACGCCCAGCUGGAGGAGGUGGACCAUAACACGAAGGGAGGGAACGAGAUAUCACGGGAAAAUGUCAAAGGCAUGAUUCACCAGUGGGAAAGAGCGAAUGGAAGUUAUGGAACGAGUCACUCGGCUGCGUCUUGA